AGACCAGCAUUUGCUAAUUUUUUUUAGUGUUUUCCCUUCUAACCUCUUUUUAUAAGUCCCCCCCACCCCCACCUCUCUCCUUCCCAGAGCCCAGGGCUAAAAUCAAAGGGACAGAUUUAGGAUGGGUGAAUGCCUUGUCUAACAUUUUAGUUACUACUUUCUCUUAACUCUUUUGAAAUUAUAAAAAUAUAAUACCAGUUGAAAACUGAAAGGAUAAACUAAUAAAACCUGGUUUCUAGAAAACUUGGGUGGUGGUGUGGGACGAGUGGGAGGUGGAUGAAUCAGCCAUAUUAGAGAACCUGGGAAAGUGAGCAGAGUUAGAAACUUGAUAAAUCUAUUAAUUUAUUGGCUCAUAGUUUGUCAAUCACGUCAGCCCAGCAAAUGAAAUUAGAAUAGAGUCGUGGGGGAGGGAGGGUGUGACGCAGCAAGCUAUUUGCAACAAGAAAAUCUAGCCGAGAGACAGCUGCGUAAUCAUAUUGCGGCACCGUUUUUACUUGCAGCAGCUGCUGCUUGCGGAGGACAUCAGCCCACUGCGGCUCUCUGCAGUCUCUGGCCUGCUCCUGCAGGACCGGUCACUGCGGCCAUUGCUACUCUCUGCACCCCAGCCCGGCCACCGCUGCCUCUGUCCGGUUCUCACAGCCUCAGCACCGUCUUCAUCCUGGCAGCAGCCUCGACAGUCGCUCCCGGCUCCCGUAUCGCAGUCCGACCACUACCGCACGUUCCACCUCUGCCCCAGCCACCGCCGCUUCUGAUAUUCCGGUGAGUCUUUCCUUGCGGAGGUCAGGUCUCCUGAUCUUGGCGGUAGCCACCUUAGGCGUGUGAGGUCCUUUGAAAAAUGGCCAAGUCAGCCGACCACAAGGAACUGUUAGAAUCCAGUCAAGAAGAGACUGGUGAUAAGGUAAUGAUGGAGGGGCCCAGGGAACAGCCGGAGCGCGGUGAAGAUGCCGCCGCUGGGCCUGGAGAUGAUGGGGAGCGCGGUGAAGAAGCCGCCGCGGGGCCUGGGGAAGAAGGGGGAAAAGGUGAAGAGGCUGCUGCUGAGUCCGGGGAUGGCGGGGAAAAAGGUGAAGAUGCUGAUGAGGACUCAGACCCAGACCGUCCAAAAGGACUUAUCGGUUAUCUUUUAGAUACAGACUUUGUUGAAAGUCUACCUGUGAAAAUUAAAUACCGUGUGUUAGCCCUCAAAAAGCUUCAAACUAGAGUGGCCAAUCUAGAAUCCAAAUUCCUAAGGGAAUUUCAUGGUAUUGAAAGAAAGUUUGCUGAAAUGUAUCAACCUUUAUUGGAAAAAAGACGUCAGAUAAUCAAUGCAAUCUAUGAACCUACAAAAGAGGAAUGUGAAUAUAAAUCAGACUCUGAGGGCUAUGAUGAUGAGAUGUAUGAUGAGGAAGAGAUGUGUGGUAUUGAGGAGGGUGUGCUACAUGACUACCUAGAUGAGGAUGACGGUUGUGAAGAAGAUUAUUAUGAUUAUGCUAUUGAAGAGGAUGAUGAUGAUGAUGACGACGACAAUGAUGACGACGACACCGAGGCAGCUGGAGAUGAGAAUAAAGAAGAGGAUCCUAAAGGAAUUCCUGAUUUUUGGCUGACUGUCUUAAAAAACGUUGACAUACUCACUCCUUUGAUUAAGAAAUAUGAUGAGCCUAUUCUGAAGCUCCUGACAGAUAUUAAAGUGAAGCUUUCAGAUCCUGGUGAACCUCUCAGUUUCACGCUAGAAUUUCACUUCAAACCAAAUGAAUAUUUCAAAAAUGAGCUGUUGACAAAGACCUAUGUGCUGAAGUCAAGGCUAGCAUAUUAUGAUCCCCAUCCCUAUAGGGGAACCGCGAUUGAGUAUUGCAUAGGCUGUAAAAUAGAUUGGAAUGAAGGAAAGAAUGUCACUUUGAAAACAGUCAAGAAAAAGCAGAAACACCGGAUCUGGGGAACAAUCCGAACUGUGACUGAAGAUUUCCCCAAGGAUUCAUUCUUCAAUUUCUUUACUCAAGGAAUCAACUCAAAGGGAAAGGAUGGAAAUGAUGAUUUUCUACUUGGUCACAAUUUACGUACUUACAUAAUCCCAAGAUCAGUAUUAUUUUUCUCAGGUGAUGCACUUGAAUCUCAGCAGGAGGGGGUAGUUAGGGAAGUUAAUGAUGAAAUUUAUGACAAAAUUAUUUACGAUAAUUGGAUGGCUGCAAUUGAGGAAGUUAAAGCCUGUUGCAAAAAUCUUGAAGCAAUAGUAGAAGACAUUGAUCGCUAAAGCAGAGUGUACAUGGCCCUGAAAUUAAUUGCCCUAGAUCUAGUUACUCAAGUUAUAAGAAGUUAAUUACAUCUUGUGUUCUUAAUUUUUCUUGUAGUGUCAGUUAAAAUGUAUGUCUCAGAAAUAUGAGAAGUUCAAAUACUAAUUCAUUUGACCUUGCAUUUUAGUAGUAGAAUAUCUUCAAGAAAGUAUUUACUGUGGUAAAUGAUUUAAGACAUAUUAAUAUAAUGUGUAGUUUAAUCCUUCUGAAGUCCUUUUGUCAUGUAGGUAUUAAUCUGUAGCUGUGAAUAUUAUCAGAAAUGCUAAAUGAGAUCAAUAUUUAUUCCAAAAGAAAAUCUUGGGGAACCAACCCAAGGUUCUUUUCCUGUUGUUUGUUUCUUGCAUUUGUGUUUUCUUAGGACUUUAGCUAGUGGGUUUAAUUUUAUUGUGCCUGCUUCAAUUUGCAAUAAAAAUGCAAUAGAAUUUAAAACUUGAAUGCUUAAGAAAAAGCCUGUAUAUAGUUAAGAAUUUCAGGCAAAACCAUAUUUAUUGUUAAUAACAGCUUGUUCAUAAGUUCUUGUAUUUUAUGUGACCAUGAUAAAUAAUGAAACUUAUUCAUAUUGAGGUUAUCAGUGAAGUGUUAAUCACAGUAUUCUCCAAAGAUUGCCACAUAUUGCUCUGUGUAAUUGUGUAAACUGUAAUUACAGUGUAUAAUUUCUCUUUUCCUAUAGUACUUAAUCAUUCAUUGAAAGUGAUCACUUUAUCAUUCUGAAAAUAUUUUUCAUGUUCCUUCACCACAAAAUAAAAUGAAUAAAAAUUUCAGUGAUUUAUGUU